ACCUAAAGAAACCAUUCACUUGACAUCUCAUCGCAUGCCCUUGGGCCGCACUUUCAUCCGCUCAUCAUCAUCCUUUGCUUCCCGUUUACUCCAACUCAAAAACACCAACAACAUCCACUUCAAAAUGUCCAAAACCGAGGGCGCCACUUACACCCACGGCCACCACGCCUCCGUCCUGCGCUCCCACACCUGGCGCACCGCCGCAAACUCCGCCGCCUAUCUUCUCCCCCAUCUCAAGCCAUCCUUCAAAGUCCUCGACGUCGGCUGCGGCCCCGGCACAAUCACCGUCGACCUGGCCGCAAACUACUUGUCCCAGGGCCACAUCACGGGCCUGGAAAACGCCGCCGCCGUCCUCGUCCAGGCCCGCGAGCUCGCCAAGGAAAAGGGCGUCGCCAACGCCGACUUUGUCGAGGGCGAUGCCAACGCUCUCCAGUUCCCGGAUGAAACCUUUGACGUCGUCGUCUGCCACCAGGUCCUCCAGCACGUCAAGGACCCCGUCAACAUCCUGCGGGAAAUGCGCCGCGUGGCCAAGACGGGCGGCAUCGUCGCCGCGCGCGAGUCCGACUUUGGCGGCUUCAUCUGGCACCCCGCCGUCGACGGAAUGGACGACUGGCUGGCCUUUUACUCGGCCAACGCGCGGUCCAACGGCGGCGAGCCCAACGCCGGCCGCAUGAUCCACGCCUGGGCCAGGGAGGCGGGCUUUGCGCCGAGCGCCGUGACGAGCGGCUCCAGCACGUGGUGCUACAGCACAAAGGACGAGGUUGCGUGGUGGAGCGGCCUCUGGGCCGAGAGGACCGUGGCGUCGUCGUUUGCCAAGACGGCGAUUGAGAACGGCACGGGCACGCAGGAGAGGCUGGACAAGGCGGCGGCGGCGUGGAGGAGCUGGGGCCGUGAGGAGGAGGCGUGGUUUUCAGUGCCUCAUGGCGAGAUUAUCUGCCGCAAGUAGGCAUAAUGGGUAACGGGUUUGAAGCGGUGUAAUACUAUAAAACAUAUAAGCAGUAAUGAGACGUGAUAUGCCGAUAUCAAGGCACAGCUAUC